UUUUCUAGUAAACAUGGCAUCAUUCGCUUGCCGCUUCUUCCUGGUGGUCUUUUCCUGCAUCCCAAGAGAUCUUCGUACCCUUCUCCUGUAGUCCUCGCCAUGGAUGAAGAAUACGACGUCAUCGUCCUUGGUACCGGGCUCAAGGAGUGCAUCCUUAGCGGCCUUCUCUCCGUCGAUGGCCUCAAGGUCCUACACAUGGAUAGGAAUGAUUACUAUGGAGGAGAAUCAAGCUCCCUCAAUCUUAUUCAGCUCUGGAAAAGGUUUAGGGGGAGUGAUAAGCCUCCAGCAAAUCUUGGGCUUAGCAGGGAUUAUAAUGUUGACAUGAUUCCUAAGUUUAUGAUGGCUAAUGGUACUUUGGUACGCACACUUAUACAUACUGAUGUCACAAAAUAUUUAUCUUUCAAAGCCGUUGAUGGGAGCUACGUCUUUAAUAAAGGAAAGAUUCACAAGGUUCCUGCCACUGAUAUGGAGGCACUGAGAUCGCCAUUAAUGGGAUUGUUUGAGAAGCGUCGAGCUCGGAAGUUCUUUAUAUAUGUCCAAGACUAUGACGAGAAUAACCCAACGACUCAUGAAGGAUUAGACCUUACUAGAGUGACUACAAAGGAACUCAUUUCAAAAUAUGGUUUGGAUGACAACACGAUUGACUUCAUUGGCCAUGCCUUGGCCCUUCAUCGAGAUGAUCGGUAUCUGUAUGAACCUGCACUUGAUACCGUGAAGAGGAUGAAGUUGUAUUCAGAGUCCCUAGCACGGUUCCAAGGUGGUUCGCCAUAUAUCUAUCCUUUAUAUGGACUAGGAGAGCUACCUCAGGCUUUUGCACGCCUUAGUGCAGUUUACGGUGGGACAUACAUGUUGAAUAAACCAGAAUGCAAGGUUGAAUUUGAUCUUGAAGGAAAAGCUUGUGGUGUAGCCUCUGAUGGGGAAACAGCUCGAUGUAAGAAAGUUGUCUGUGAUCCUUCUUACUUACCAAACAAGGUUAGGAAGGUGGGGAAGGUUGCAAGGGCAAUUGCUAUUAUGAGCCAUCCUAUACCAAAUACAGACGAGUCUCAUUCAGCACAAGUUAUAUUGCCACAGAAACAACUUGGACGCAAGUCUGACAUGUAUCUCUUUUGUUGUUCUUACUCUCACAAUGUUGCCCCCAAAGGGAAGUUUAUCGCAUUUGUCUCAACAGAAGCUGAGACUGAUCGGCCUGAGUUGGAACUAAAGCCUGGUAUCGAUCUUCUUGGACCAGUAGACGAGUUGUUUUUUGAAACUUACGAUAGAUCUGAGCCUGUCAACGAACCGUCACUGGAUAAUUGCUUUAUAUCAACUAGUUACGAUGCUUCAACCCAUUUCGAGUCCACCGUCAUGGAUGUGCUUUCCAUGUAUACCAUGAUCACCGGAAAGUCUCUUGAUCUCAGCGUCGAUCUCAGUGCUGCCAGUGCUGCUGAAGAGUAUUGACAGCUUCCUCUGAUGUAUGCUAUUACUUGAUCGAGCUAUGUUUCGCCUCGAUGAUUGCUAUAAUCCGUGUUCAUCAAGCUCUGCUGUGUCAUUUGGGUUAAAUUAUGACAUGUAAAAUGUAUGGCUGUUUUAACUGCUCAAACGGUUGGAGACUUUGCAAUCUGUAAGGUACUAAUCACUCAAUGGUUUGAUAUACCAGCCACGCCUUAUGCUUUUGGUUUA